AUCUGCUUCUUCCUCUCUUUGGCCCCUUUCAAUCUCCAUUGCAGUUUGCAGUUGCUCCUUGCCACCACCCACCUACAAAUCCUGAAAGUCAAUUACCGGUUGAACGACAGCUUAUCUGAUUUUAGUUCUCCCUCCUUUUGGUUAAAGAUUAAUCAUUUCUCCCCUCUUUCUUCUUUCCCCACAUUAUUCGCCGGAAGGACUUGGGGUUUUGCAGUUGACAUACAGAAUUUCAACUCCGUGAUCGUUGUGGAUGAUGAGAAACGGAACCCCUCCCUUUGAAGGGCAUUCAUCAUCAGAUCAUAUUCAGGCUCCAAGUGUCGGUGAAUGUUCUAGCUCAACUUCAUUAAGCAGUCAGCAGGAUGUUGAUGUUGAUGAUGAUGGGAUGAUUGCUGUUGUAUUGUCUGAAGAGUAUGCUAAAUUAGAUGGUUCAGUUGGUCGCCGCCUUACCAACCUGGAACCAGUUCGGCACAUCCCAAGGAUUAAUUCCUUCAUUCCUAAUAUAAGUGAUGCCAGUUUGGAUCAUCAACGAUUGAGUCAGAGGUUACACGUUUAUGGUUUAUAUGAAGUUAGGGUCUCUGGUGACGGAAAUUGCCAGUUCCGUGCAGUUUCAGACCAGCUUUACAGGUCACCUGAGUAUCACAAACAUGUCCGAAAGGAGGUUGUGAAGCAGCUGAAGGAGUGUCGUGCUCUAUAUGAAGGCUAUGUUCCAAUGAAAUACAAGAAAUAUUGCAAAAAAAUAUCCAAAACAGGUGAAUGGGGGGAUCACGUUACUCUACAAGCAGCUGCUGAUAGGUUUGCUGCAAAGAUAUGCCUUUUGACUUCAUUCAGAUACACCUGUUUUAUAGAAAUUACUCCACAGCAACAAACGCCUCAGCGAGAAUUGUGGCUAAGCUUUUGGUCUGAAGUACACUACAACUCACUCUAUGAAAUUCGAGAAGCUGUGGUGCAGCAUAAGCCAAGGAAGAAGCACUGGUUGUUUUAAGGACACAACUCAUAGCAUCCAAGAUAGGAGACUCUCAACAUUUGUUUAAAUUUACUUUUAUUUUUUUAUCUGAAUGUAAUAGCAUAAUACCCCACAUAUAUGUUCAUCUAUAUACACCACCAAUAAACAAAUGUCGAAUUAUUGUAAGAAUUGUAAUGCAUUUGUUAUAUAAAACCCUAUAUAGCUUUGAGAUAUCUGCUUUUUGUAUUCCGUUUGUAACUACAU